AUGCAAAAACGCAUUCUGGACGCACUUUUCAUCUCAAAGAUACCAUGUGUCUCGGGGACCGGGCAUCCCGACUCGCUCCUGCUCCUGCUCCUGCUCCUGCUCCUCGCUCCUCGCUCGGAAGCGGCGCUGGUGACGGCAACCGGCAGCCACGUGCACGGAGUGCUAAGCGAGGUGCCUGUGUCCAAGUCUGAGUAG